AUGGACUCGAUGAGCUCGAAACUCCGAUCAUUUGGCUUUGGGACAAAACGUACCAAACAACCCGCUCCCACUCCAUCGUCGCCCCAGUUGAGCAAUCCUCUUCCUCCGCCCUCGACUGGCACCUCUCCCAGCUCUCCUCCCUCCGGCCACAGUUCUUCGACUACUAGCCUUCCCAUGAACCCUCAAAAUACUUUGGGUCGGCCCCCAAGUUACACAUACAACUCUUUGGGUCGGCCCACGAGUCCGAUGCCCCCUGCCGGUCAGCAACUAGCUCAUCACCCUCCUUCGCUUAAUACCAACAUGCAAUACACCCAAGUCUCCCAGCCUGCGGUUCAGCCGAUCGGUGCUCCCCCGGGCUACGGCAUGCAGCAGCAGCAGCCCAUUGGCAUGGCUCCCGGCAUGCAGCCGCAGUUUGUGCGAAACUCCGCAUCCGCUGCGGAGGUCGAGGGUGCUGGCCGCAGCAAGGCCCAGCUCAUUGUUGGAAUUGACUUUGGUACCACCUUUUCCGGUGUUGCUUUUGCCUUUGCGACCAACAAUGAGGCGAGAGAAGAUAUCAUUACCGAGUGGCCUGGUGCUGGAACGCAUACCAAGCAAAAGAUUCCCACAGUUCUCUACUACGAUCAAUACCAAAAAGUAGUCGGGUGGGGUCCGGAUAUCGCAGACGCUCUCGCCCCGACAGGCUACCCCAAGCCUGGAGUGCAGAAAGUCGAAUGGUUUAAGCUGCAGCUUAUGCUUUCCGGCAACACUUAUAUCGAUCCUAUCAACCUUCCUCCUCUCCCUCCGGGCAAGUCGGAAAUCGAUGUUGCCGCUGACUAUCUCUUCAAGUUACGGCAGGCCAUGCGGGCCCAACUUCAAAAGACACUGGGUGAGGUUUUUGCUCGUGAGGAGCGCAAUAUCCGAUACUACCUUACCGUGCCUGCGAUCUGGAACGACGCAGGAAAGGCCGCGACGCGUGCGGCCGCUAUACAAGCUGGAUUCUUGCGGGAUGAGAAUGACAACCGGCUAACACUGGUAUCGGAGCCGGAGGCCGCUGCCAUCUUUUGUGCCAAGACAGGCUUGCUCAAUCUAAAGGUCGGCGAUGCCAUCUUGAUUGUCGACUGUGGUGGUGGAACUGUGGACUUGAUCGCAUAUGAGGUCGAGGAGGAACAACCGUUCAGCGUGGCCGAAUGUACCGCCGGUUCGGGAGAUUCCUGCGGUUCAACUGCUCUCAACAGAAACUUUAGCAACAUCCUCCGGGCCAAGAUUCGGAAGAUGAAGCUGCCCGAUGGAUCGCGAACAGCUGGCAGAGUGUAUGCCAAGUGUAUCAUGGACUUUGAGAACCGAAUAAAGGCGGAUUUCCGUGGUAAUGGUCAGAAGUGGGCGGUGGAUGUUGGUAUUGAAGCGGACUUUCCCGAUGCUGGCAUUGAAGAAGGUUACAUGACGUUCACCAAUGAGGAGAUUCUCCAGUGCUUCGAGCCUGUCGUUAACCGAAUUCUCGAGCUGGUUCGUAACCAGAUCAUUGCCAUCCAGGCGCAGAACCGGUCCCUUCAGAACGUUCUGGUGGUGGGUGGAUUCGGUGCAUCCGAGUACCUCUUCCAACAGAUUCGACUACACGUGCCUCCUCAAUACCAGUCCAAGGUGGUUCGACCUAUGGACUCGGUCGCAGCCAUUGUCAAGGGUGCCGUCACAGCAGGAAUCACAGAGCGGGUUAUCACCCACCGUGUUGCCCGUCGGCACUACCUCAUGGCAACCUUGCAGCCCUUCAAGGAGGGCUACCACCCCGAGCAGUACCGUGUUCCUAGUCUUGAUGGCAGGGACCGGUGCAAGUACACGAGACAGAUUUUCGUGCAAAAGGGAGAGCGUGUGAAGAUUGGCGAGCCGGUCAAGGUCAGCUUCUUCCGACAGGUUGCGCCAGGAGCCACCCUCAUGUACGAGGAUAUCCUUUAUGCCUGUGAUGAGGAUGUCUGCCCAGAAUACACCAAGGAUCCACGCAUCAAGGAGGUUGUCACACUCACCUCGGACCUGUCACGAAAGAACCUGGAGACCGACUUUGAGCGCAUGGAUACUCCCCAGGGAACCUUUUACCGUGUGUACUUUGACAUCUACCUCACCCUUGAUGGUAGUGAAUUCAGUGCCGAGCUGGUCUGCCAGGGCGAGGUCAUGGGCCGGUGCAGAGCCAAGUUCAGGUAG